AUGGCUUCAUCGACCAUCAUGGCAUCGGAAGGAUCGGUGCCUACUAGAGGCAUAACCCGCAUCACCAGCCUCCCACCAGAGCUCCUCAUGCGCAUCAUCGGCUUCACGCAUCCCUCAGCCCAUCUUGACCUAGCAUGCACCUGCAGGGUUAUGGCUCAAUGCUCAAGUGAUGUCUUGCGACAACACCAAGAAGCGCACAAACAGCGCGUGGUUUGUGACCGGCUCCCGUCGACCGUACCAGACCUUCUCCGCCGCAUCAUCUGGGCAGGUGACGGCGCCAUCUUCGCAUGGCAUGUCCGCUCGUUCGAAUUCUGGGGCACGCGGUCAAACUGGGACGACUGGCGACCGUACACUCUCGAACCGCCCAUCGCAUUGGACCAGGAGGUAUCCCCCUUGACGUGGUCGUAUGCUGAGGGCGAGCUGGAGGAGUACAUGCGUCUCAUGAAGGAUGAACUCCAUAUGGAGGACGACCAUGUUGCAAUGGCAAAACUGGAUCUCGAGGGAGGCCGCGACGGCAUUCUCAAACUCCUUGUCAUAGCUCUUAGUCCACACCUGAGAAGCUUGAAGCACGCCAGGACCCGGCGUCGAAAUCCACCGGAAUCCAGCCUCCACUGGCUCACUUCACUGAUAGAAAACAGCCACUCAAAGUCCAGGUGGUCCCCGGGCCUCCAAUCCCUACGUGAGGUGGCCAUCGGCGUGGACUUUGAAACGGUGUUUCCAAACAACCUGGCCACGUUCGAGCCCGAACUCCUCGCCAGCCUCUUCAAACUGCCCCGAAUAGACUCAAUCAACUUCAACGGCUUGUUGGACACGGUAUUGGACAACGAGGACACCCGCGAGGACGACAGCUUUGGCCUGACAGUAGGCUGCUCUACCGUUCAACACCUAUUCCUCCAGAACGAAGGCCAGCUAGAGCACGACUCUCUCGACGCCAUCCUCAAAGCCCCGAGGGCGCUCAAGUCGCUGGCGAUCUGCGGUAGCGACUCGCGGUGGGACGACGUCGACCAGGUCGUCAGCCUUGCGCGGCAGCACCAGAAGCGGUCUCUCGAGAGCCUGAUGAUGUACCACGCGUGGGGAAUGCACGGCUACCGCUGCGUGCUCUACCACGCCGACGAAGUCGAGCUGGACAAGUUCUCUCGUCUGCGCCAGCUGCACAUCGACGAGGAGGACAUCGACCUGUGGACCUGCAGCGACGACUACAAGUGCUUCGACGACCAAUGGAGCGGCACCCCCGAGCAGCGGGAGGCCGCCGUGCAGUAUCUCAUGUCGUGGUUCCCGACGUCGCUGCAGGUGCUCUCGGUCGGCGGCGACAGGGUGCGCGAACGAGCCGCCAAGACGGAGACCUGGCUGAUCCGUCUCAUCGAGUCCCGGAGGUGUCCGGACCUCAAGGUAAUCUACUUGGAAGACGACAGGCACUGGCGCGAGUGGUGGCGAGUCCAGCGGCCCCACGAGCAGCUGUGCUUCCAGCGGCUCAUCGAGGUCGGCGAGCGACACGGCGUCGACAUUGUCUCCGCGAGCGCCGGGAACAGGGAACGCAUCCACCAGGUUGAGUUCCCCGCGAUGCCGGACCUCGUCUCUCGCCCUCCCCGCGCCGGGGCCCGCGACUCCGAAGACUGCUUUUUCAAUGUCUUUACAGGGAGCUGGACACCAAAGGGCUGCGGCUAUUGCGGUAACUGCGCGCGGUGCUUUGAGAUAUAUACCCGGGAAGCGUGGCAGACUAGAGGUACAUCUGCCAAGGAGGCACAGCCGGGGGAGAGCCUAGUAGUAAAUGCAUAA